GGAGACUUGGCUGAGAGAAAGGUAGGAUAUGAAUGUCGUGCUUUUGUCAUUUGGCAAGGACAAAGAAAUAGGUAAAAUAAAAUGAAUGCAUUACAUUCCUACACAUGAAUGGCUUUAUCCAAAACGGGCCCCGAGUAAGCUUGGCAAAGAUAUGGGUUACGGUGGUUCCCUCUUUCGUCAUUGCCGACGUGGGCUUAGCUAAUUGGGUUCCAACAGGUUCCAAAUAAGCACAAAGGAAUCCUAAAGUAAGACAAAAACCCCAUUUACUUCUUCGAAAAAAGAAAAACUAGAAAUAUUGUGAUGACGACGGCAAUAUAGAAUUACCCCACGUUCAUCAUUUACAUAGGUACCUAAAUCAAACCACCAUGCGGCCACUGAAGAUUGCGGAAGGGGUCGACAAUCCUAACUCGAAGUACCGUCGUGACACUCUGCGGGAGAUCUUUUUGCUGCUUCUAGGAACGAUCACAUUCUUGGGUAGCUCUUUUGCCAUCUACCGUUUCUACUUCCACCCCUUAGGAGGCUCCCUCGGCGAAAAGUUAGCCGCUCCCGCGAACCUGAGGGAUUCUAUUCGACGUUGGAUGCUCGUCUGAUAUCGAGCUUAGCGGCUAGAUAUUGGACAUCUUGACUUUUGAUAAGCGCACCAUUGGUCAAAUACCUUGUGAUAUAGGUGAGCAAGCUUCUUUCACAUCAAACCUGGUGUGAAGUCGCAAAGCUGAUUCUUGGAUAAGAUUUCCAUAUGUUUGGGACUG